CUCUAUAUCAUGUGACCCAUUUUAAUUCCACCAGUUCCGAUACGUAUCAAGGUGGCGCUCCAAAAACCCGUCGCUCAGUUUUUAAGAGGGAAGUUCGUCCCCUCUGCGCAGUCUUUAGUUCGCCUCCGUGGCGGUUGGACGUGGUUUUUGUAACUACGCAUAUUUUUUGAUCGUGGGGAUUGCGUACGCGUUGUCCCUGUUUUUCUUUUACCUUCAUACUACUGGAAAAUGGCGUAUGGACAAAGCUGAAUGCAGUCCGGAGCCAUGUAUUAAACUGAACUGAACUAUGUAACGACGCGCUUAUCGUGUAACACCAGUGCAUGCAGCUACCGUGACCAAUCGUUAUUGCCAACCGUCGUUGUCAUCUACAAAUUUCUGCUGUGCUUGGUUAACCAUCGUUUGUUUUCCCAUCGUGCUCUGCCAUGAAUAGAGCUACUCGUGCAGCAUCCCGUUGCAAUGGGAAUAACGUUGGGAACACAGUUAAAGUGAACCAGAGAUGUGGUAUAAAGAAAGAUAUAGCUUUGCAAAAUGAUAUAACAGUAAAAAAUCAAAACAAAUUUAAUACUACCAAAAAAUUAACUAAUAAAUGUCUUUUUGAAACACAAUCUGCCUCAGAAACAUAUAAAUCAUCUACAAACAAAACAUAUUCUUGCAAACGAGAUUCAAAUGUAGAUGUUAUGAAAGAGAAAAGUUCUGCGACACUUGUGCAUUACCUUUUUGGCAAUGCACGAGUCCCAAAAUGUGUUCAAACAAGCAAUGAAAUUAUUUCUGAUAUAGAGCAAUUUAAAACUGAUGAGACACCAGUGGCUGUUCCAAUUCAUGGGCCAUCUACGCCACAUAGAAUCAAUAUGCCAUUGGCAUUAGAAGAUGAAGAACCUGCUGUCAUGACCAAGGAAAAGCAACCUGUAAUGGUAGCAUUACGUAGCCCAUUGCAAGUUAUAAAAAAGCCUGCUUCACGUGGACGCAAGAAGGGAACUAUUAAUCAAUUACCGAAUCGUCUGUCGAAGCCGGUAAAUGCGGGUAGUACAAACCACUCGAUUACUGAUUAUUUUCCAGUGCGUCGUAGCGUCAGAAAGUGCAAGAAGGCUGUGUUAGAAGAAAAACAGCGCGAUAUAGAAAAUAAGGUGGUCUGUCAGGUGGAAGAAGGCUUGGAGGUUAGAUACUUUCCAGGUAAAGGUCGAGGUGUUAUAACUACACGAGAAUUUACUAAAGGCGAGUACGUAGUGGAAUAUAUUGGUGAAUUAAUUAGUCAAGCAGAAGCAAAGGUACGUGAAGAAAAAUAUGCACAAGAUCAAAACACCGGAUGUUACAUGUAUUACUUUCAACAUCGUAAUCAACAGUAUUGCGUUGACGCUACAGCAGAAACGGACAAAUUGGGCAGAUUAGUUAAUCACUCGAGAAACGGUAACUUGGUUGCACGGAUUAUCGAAGUCGGCUCCAUACCGCACUUGGUGCUCACGGCGAAGGAGGAUAUACCGAUCGGCGUCGAGGUCACGUACGAUUACGGAGAUCGAAGUCGCGAAUCCAUUCGUUAUUAUCCAUGGCUGGCAUUAUAGCACACUUCCAAUUCACUAUUAAAAUAGCAUUGCGUUGCACACAUUGUACAUAAAAAAUUCACUUCUGUUCCUCCUGUGAAGGAACAGUGUGUUCGCUUUAUUGUAUAGAAAUUCUAAGUAAUCUUCUAAGUAAAGUCACGGACAGAUUUACAUGAUUUAUGCGCGCAAGUUUUCACAUUAAUGAAUUUCAAAUACUUUUCUACAUUUCCGUAAUGGAAGUAAUUCUAAUUACUUUAUUAGAAAUUAAUAGAGUUAUUAGAAUUAGUUCCGACGAACUGAUCAGGAGUAAAUUUCUUCAAUUGUAAAUUUGUGUAUAUUGAAUUGUUCGUGCUUUGUAUCGUAAGCGAAAUUUAUAUAUUGCAAUGAAUAGCUUUUUCAGUAUAGCACAACGUCACAUUAAAGUUAUCUAAUAGGACUUAAUUUAUUUUUUCUGGCAAUGGUUUUUAUACUAUGCUGUUGUCAUGCCCUUAAUAGUGCCCUGAUACAGUAUUACCGUUUGGAUUGGAACUCUUGUAGCUGACAUUUGAAUCGUAUGAUAAUCGUAACAAAAUAAUAAGAAUAGCAUUAUCUAGCCUCGGUUUUAGUUAGUACAGUAAUUAAGCUUGAGUUUCUAUGUGUUGGGUCAAGAGUUUCUGAUCAAAACGUUUGUGAUGCGUAUUGACGUAGCUACGAAUAUAAUGUAAGCUUGAAAAAAGAGGUAUAAAUGUGUACGUAUAAUCAGUGUGACUAUUGGAUAAAACGAAGAUUUUUUAUGAAAUAUUUGUAUAAUAUGCGUUAGUUUCUCAAUUUUUUAAUUUUUUCACUGCCACGUGAAUAUCAAUUCAAUGCGAAAUAGUAUCUCUAGAAAUAAUUAUGUAGUAUAUAUAUGUGUAUAAAUAAUAUGUAAAUUAUAUUUCUCUCGAUUGUUUAUCUUUUCGUUUUCUGUGAAAUGGAUAGAGAAGUUGCAGACAAAUAUCGUAUCGUCUUUAUAUUCAUUCUUCUCACCGACUAUUUAUAACAUUAUUAUAACAUUAAUA